GAGAUUGACUAUGUGGCGUCGGCGAAGACCUUGGGCACGGAAGGUGCCAACGCGGGCCGCUUCGGAAAGGUCUUCACGAAGCUGCGGGUCCUCGGAUUCGUGCAGUACAGGAAGAUCCUCCUUAUGGACAUAGACCUGCUUGUCCAAGACAACAUAGACCACCUCUUCGACAUGGAGGCGCCCAUGGCGAUGGUGCGGGGCCCUGAGGUGGGCUAUAAGCACGGGGACCGCGUUGCGGGCGGCUAUUUCUUCUCGGGCGCCCGCGACGACGGCUACUCCUGGGGCCAGGGCUGCGGCAUCAACGCUGGCGUGAUGCUGCUGCAGCCAGACGCGGACGUGCUUGCGCAGAUGCUGCUGGAGGUGUGCGACGAGCACCACCCGGAGCACAUUGCGGGAAACGGCCCCGAGCAGGACUACCUCUCGAGGUACUACGCCAGCGACUGGAGGCACCUGAGCGUCGCCUACAAUUUCCAGCUGCAUCAGGCAUUCUUCGCCCUGCACCCGAAGGUCACCUCCGCGGACAGGAUGAGCUUCCUCCACGACCCCUCCCUGGUCAAGAUCGUCCACUAG